CUCCGUCCAACUCCGUUAAUUUUUGCUUACGUGGCAGUCAACUUUUAAAGUUGAUCGUUAAGUGAGUGAUGUGUCAAUUAAAAAAUUAAUAAAAUAAUAAAAAUUAAUCUUUUAUAAUUUCCACCUCAUUUCUAACUAUUAAAAAGAUAAAAACAAAAUUAUAAAUUAUUAAAAUUGAGAGGAAAUUAUAAAAGAUUAACCCACAAAAUUAUAAAUUACAGUCUUCUGCACUAAAUCGACUUUGAGGAGUGGGUUGGGUUGGAGAGGUGUCGGGCUCCCCAGGUUAUGCCACCAACACCACGACAGCUGGGUCCGGUGGGGGUGGGGCGGAUGGUCUGUAUGUGGGAUGGGGCCACGAGAAGGGGAUCACAUUCGGCGGGAGGACUGAUUCUGGCAAAUCAUGCUAGGGAGUGCCUCUUGGCGAGAGGGGUUCAGUUUCAAGCUGUUGAUGAUCCCAUGGUCGCGGAACUGCUCGUGCUCAGGGAAGCUGUUGUCUGGUGUCUGGAGCUGGGCUUCUUCAACGUUAGUUUUGAGGGAGAUGCCAAGGUCAUUAUUGACAAAAUUAAUUCGGCGGACACAAGGGACAACAGGUUGGGUGCUGUUCUGGUGGAGAUAGUGCAGUAUUUUAGAGCCCACACGGGAUUUAGUAUUCGGUUUGUAGGUCGGGAACACAAUAGGGUAGCCCAUGUAGUGGCUAGAAAGGCCCUCUCUUUGUACCCGGCUAUAAGCCGAUCUUUUGAUUUUCUUGCCUGGCUGAGUUCCAGGGUGUAGCUAUCUUUUUGUUGAAUCAAUAUAUGAUUAUAUUUUGUAAAAAAAAAAAAAAAAUGACUUUGAAGUUUAAUUAGGGAUUGGCCUCGACCUCACCCUCCCACCCUUCAUCACAUCGAGUACCUCCUCCGCCGGCAAUGAAAACCCCCUCCACCACAACCGGCAACCACGCCGCCGCCUCCUCUUCCGAAUCGGCCACCGACCACCGUCAACUCAAUCUUCAAGCUCAUAAGAGACCAGCUCAACGCCCUGAAAGCAAAAGCCAAAGAACCCGACAACACCAUCAGCUACAGCUCCUACAAGAUCCUCGCCGACAUACAAUUAUACCGAACAAAAUGAAUCAUACAAUUACGUCAUAGAAAACUACAGCAAAAUGAAUAUUUAGCCUUUAUCCUCUAACUUUCAACUCAAUGACCCAAGAAAAAAACACAUUAAUGUUAGUCUUUUUUUUUUUUUUGGUGAGAAACAGAGCGCAUGGAACUUGUUCUUAUCUGCCUUCCGGACCCUAGAUCAGCCUUCCGAAGCAAAUCUGUCAGGAAGCUAUGGAACUUGUCAUUAAACUAGUUGGUCCCAAUAAUUCGAGUUGUUGGGAGAAGGUUAUGCUGGAUCUUAUACCACUCUCUAACACUUAUCUGCCUUCCGGACCCUAGAUCAGCCUUCCGAAGCAAAUCUGUCAGGAAGCUAUGGAACUUGUCAUUAAACUAGUUGGUCCCAAUAAUUCGAGUUGUUGGGAGAAGGUUAUGCUGGAUCUUAUACCACUCUCUAACACGCCCCCUCAAACGAAAGCUGACUCAUGGGCUUGAAGUUUGCACAGGCCCGCCAUACCAUGUGCUUGAAGACAACUGUUAAUAUUGGGGGUCGUGGAGAUUCGAACACACGACCACUUGGUCAAACCAGCUCUCUAACCAUGUCAUGAACCGGUUGGUCCCAAUAACUCGAGUUGUUGGGAGAAGGUUAUGCUGGAUCUUAUACCACUCUCUAACAGAACUCCCUCAUCUCAUCUCCCUGCUUCUCUCGCCGUUUCGUUUCGCACCACCGCAAGAUCGGUCCCGGUGGCGGCGGCGAACCCGAUCCGCCAUUUCUAACUCCCUCCAAGCUCCGCGAAUGGAUCCUCACCUUUCCCCCCCCCCUGCCCAUCGUUGACUGAUCCCGUCUCUCCGUUCUCGAUUGCUUCGAGGACUUGCUCUUGCUCUGGUUCCGAUGGACCGCCGUCGCCGACUAACUAUGUCGAACUUUCUUGGUAUGCAAUCCGUUUGUAAAACAAUGGGUCGCCCCUACCUCCUUUACCAGUUCAAAGCUCGCCGAUUUGGUUGUACGCAAAGUUGGUGCGUGAGCCCUGUAACUUGAUUGCCCUGCAUUCCGACGACAACGGAGAAGCAUUUACCCAUCACUCCGACCUUCGGUUCCGCGUGGUGUGUCUCAGAGAUUAUCGGCAGACAUCAUCCAAUUCAAUAUUGGACGUCUUCUGUUCCGAAUCCGGAGAGUGGACAAGAGUGACUCCGUUUGAUAUUUUCAGCGAAUUCAGACCGCACCGGAAUUUUGAUGUUUCCCUAAAUGGGAAAUUGUAUUGGACGAACAAGCCAACGCAAGUUGUUGAGUGAAAUCCUUUCUGCCUCCAGGAUCCGGCUCGUCGGACUACCAUGGAUGAUGCCCCCUAUCCCUAUUCGGGGUCCUACUUUCUCACGGGCUCCCAAGGUGCUCUGCACAUGAUUCUCAAGUCUGAUUGGAAGAAACCGGAAGGUAUGAGCCUUUGAAGACUAGAAGAAAGAGAAGGAGAAGAAGGCCGGUCCUGGAGGAAACGAUUUUUGUUGAGGUACUUAUAAGUUAUAAUGGAAGACUUCUGCAUUUGUGGCGUGGACUAUUUUCAACGAUUUUUGUUGAGGAAACCAACAAUUAAAUUUUUAUGUUAGAGUCAAUUAAUAUUUGACCGCAUGAAAAGUUAAUGGUAUUAUUAUUAUUUUUUGUCUAAUAAAUUGUAUUUACUCUU